AUGCGUGUCGAUCUGUUGAUAUUCUUGAGUUUUAUCCAUUUGACUAUAGCUCAAGUGGAGUCGAAUCAGACGGAGCUAAAUCAUGUGUUGGAUCGGGUCUUUUCGCGUCGAAAGCGCUUUGUGUUAUUUCCGCCUGGAUCAAAUUUGAAGUUUACCGGGCAGCUGAGUAAAGGACUUAUCUCAGCCUAUCCCAGAGGAGUGGCCAUGAAUAUCGAGCAGGCCUGCUAUUAUCCUGUGCCCACAAAACGCGAGGAUGUCUACCCAAAGCGAUAUCGUCAGAGAACUACGACUACGGAGAAACCCAAGACCACCACGGAACCCACUUACGUUUGGAUACCGGGAACUAACUGGAGAUUUAAGGCCACGCCUCUGCAGAAACCCAAGCCAAUAAAACUCCAGCAACGCAUUGAUGUGAGGCCCCCGAAGCCUUCUUAUAUGGAUCCUUCCAAGUGGGCACAUUGGUCAAAAUACGGUAGUUAUGAAAAUUGGACGCCAGCCAAACACAACUAUGAGAAAUACAGUCAGCCCGGAAGAUGGAGCAAGUGGACUACGCAGUCGCCCAAGUGGUCAAAACGUUGGUAUAUCGCUGAUGGGGAAUACUAUGAUCCUGAGGUGGAACCAUAUGAGGAUGUGAGGUCGCAGCCGUUUGAUCCCUACGAUCCAGAUAUGGCACCCCAGGAAACAGCUCACUAUCCAGAAUUGGCGCAUAUCAAGGACAUGCGACAUUACAAUGGACAUCGUGAUCGCAGGCAGCUGUUCGAACACUUUGAUGGGUUCAGUAAGCUUCUGGGAAUCGAUGCUAAAGCCUGUGUUCUGAGAGCUAUUUGUGAUAGUAAGCGUCUACUUUUGCCUCGCGGAUUUUCUAUGAUACACGAUAUUGUGAGACUAGUGUUUACACUUCCCACCACAUCCGGCGUGGAGGACGACUAUUCUCGGAUCAUGCACAUGGAUGCGGAGGAUUGCGAUCGUCAGUUUCGGGAUUCUUGUAAGCUGAACAUUCUGGCCUGGCUAAUAGGUGGCAAGUGGAACUAA